AUGACUACGGCCUGCGAAUCAUUCUUCACCCUCCCAGAACUGAUCGCUCUCAUCACUCCACCACACCUCUCCCGCCAGGACAUCGUCUACCUCAGCCUCGCGAACCGACUCUCCUGGCCUCACCCGAGGCUGCAGGCACUAUACAACAAUAUCGAUGCCGUCCGCGCUGUCUACUGGAAGGCCGAUUUUUCCUGGUCCUAUUUCCAAGCCGUCUUGGCCUACCUCAACACGACUCUGACAAGGUCGUCAGCAGGACCGGAUGCACUAAAGGAUACAGAGAAAGACGUCGUUUCGACGGACGCCCUCACACAUCCCGCCUAUAAAGGAAUGGAGAUCUCAGAGUCGCUGCCUGCCAUCUCCCUGCCCCCACUUCGUCGGCUGACCAUUUGCAAGGCAUUCAUCGGCACCGAUUCCUAUGGUAGCAGCAACGUCGACCUACCAUGGGGAUAUCUUUACGAGCCUCAACAUCAUCAAACGUUUUGGCUACUCUGCCUUAACAGUUCGACGCUUUUGCAUUUGGAUCUCUGGACAUUGGAUAUCAAUUCGUCGAUGGUAAUGCGGGACCUCUGUCGGACAAUCUCUGGACUGCAGCAUCUCAGGACCUUAAAACUGCAUGGUCUGGCGCCGAAUGAUAUCCCCUCUUGA